AUCACUUUAAGAUGCAAUGCACUUUCCAACUUCUGUGACCGGAGCUUUUCAGAAAGAGAACGAAGAAAAUGGAACAAAGAAUCUUCUUUCAAACGAGUCUCCUACUCUUACUUAUAGCGGCAACCAUUUCAGCAAUUCCACGUGACUGCACAGAGAUAGAAUCUGAAAACAAAAGAGCUGGUACUGGCCUUUAUGUCAUUCAGCCCACAGGAUCCCCUCCACUUGUGGUCAACUGCAUCAGGAGAGGCAACAGUAGCUGGACUGUGAUUCAAAGAAACAGCAGACUAAGCAAAAUCACCUGGACAGAGAGCUGGACCACAUACAAAUAUGGCUUUGGUGAUGUGCUGGGUGAUCACUGGCUGGGUAAUGAGUAUAUCUAUCUGCUGACCAAGCAGAAGAUGUACAAACUGAGAAUAGAAAUAAAAGACAAUAAAAAUGUUGUAAAAUUUGCAGAAUAUAGCUCCUUCUAUAUUGAGUCUGAGAGUAGUCGCUACACUAUCAGACUUGGUCCAUUCCAAGGGACUGCUCCUGACUGUAUGACCAACACUGUAAAGAAUCAAAUAAUUGAUAACCAGAGAUUUAGUACACGGGAUUGUGAUUAUGAUAACUACAGGAUAUCAUGUGCAGCUUCACGAGGUGGAUGGUGGCAUGAUGCCUGUGGAUAUUCAUACCUUAAUCACAAGUACCCACAAUGGAAUAGCUUGCACGUCGUGAAAGUCUCAAUGAUGAUUCAACCAGUAUGUUAACUGGGGCACUAUCAAACAAAUCACAACUGCAAACAAUCAGAAUAAUACUGUCACAUUAAGGGAAAUAAAAUUAUUUCAAUUAUUACAAAAUGCCAGUGGUGAAUAGUAGCCAUUUGAUUCCAUUUUCAAUAUAAUUAUUUAUCCAAAUAAUCACUUCCUCAGAGAACCUUAGACAUGCAGCAUUCUGCUCAUUUUCCUCUGCCAGCCUCCUUCACUUUCCUUAUCCCAAAUUCAUCUAUGAUCAUAUGUGGCCUAUUAUACCACCUUCUCUUAAUGCACUGUUUUUCCAGUCUUAUCCAGUUACGAUUCUCUCUGGGCACCAUUCUUACUACUUGUACUAUUCUCCAAAACAAAAAUCCUGGUUGUCACAACAGGUCUUCCUGGCACUAAUAAUAUCAAGAAAUCUUUCAGUGCAUGACAUAAUUAUGCAGUGUUCAUGAAUUAUUAAUCUUCCACACCAAAAUAUUCCUGUAUAUCAUAUAGAGCUCUAUAAAACUCUGGUUAGACCACACUUAGAGUAUUGUGUUCAUUUCUGGUCACCUCAUUAUAAGAAGGUGAAUGGAAGCUUUAGAGAGGAUGUGGAGAAGAUUUACCAGGAUGCUAUCUGGAUUGGAGAACAUGUCUAGGGCUUUUCUCUUUGGAAUGACACAGGAUUAGAGGAGCUUGAUAGAGGUGUGUAAGAUGGUAACAAUGGCCAAUACCAGAGGAUAUCAGUUUAAAGUCAGAGGGGGAAAGUUUAGGGGAGAUAUCAGAGAUAGUUUUUUUUCCACACACACACACACACACACACACACACACACACACACACACACACACACACACACACAGAGUGGUGGAUGCCUGGACCGCACUGCUGGAGGUGGUGGUAGUGGUAGAGGCUGAUAGGGGCAUUUAAACGACUCUUAGAUAGGCACAUGGAAGUAAGAAAAAUGUAGGGUUAUGGGCUGUGUAGGAGGGAAGCGUUAGAUUGAUCAGGGAGUAGGUGUUUAUAUAGGUCAGUACAACAUCGUGGGCCAAAGGGCCCAUACUGUGAUGUACUGUUCUAUGUUCUAUCAUUAUGCAGCAUUAUCAGCUUCUCAAAAAGACUCCUGGAAAUUGUGUAACAAAAGUAUUUGUGAACUUUUUUUUGCAGUCUGAGAAAUAAUGGGAGGCAAAGUAUAAUUUUGUAAUCUGAAUUUACAGACUGCUACUCAAGGUAAUGUCUUCUUGGACUGUAAUGACACCGUAAUCUAGAGUGAAGUCUUUCAAAAUUUUAUGCAAAUCUGCUGUAUAUAUUUGCAUGUAAGAGUUCCAAUAAAUAUGAUUAAUGUGAUCUUGCUCAAUAAACUGGCUUUAGCAUAACAA